GGAACGGGUUGCCCGGGAAACGGCCGCAUGGCAACAGGAUCAGAGCCUGGGGGUUGUCUGCUUCUAGGUCUGCUCCCAUUUUACAUCGCAUUUCCUCACUAGAUGGUGUGCAAGCCACUGGAGAGAACACUUCCACCGCACUGCGAGCUGCACAUCCAGCUACACAAAACCUGGGAAAACUACAAACCACGGAGUUCCAAAGCGGACGAGUGUGGAGUUAAAGAAAGCCCUCCGUGGCGUUUUUUCUUUAAAUUCAAAAAAAGAAUCUUUUUGUGGGGUAGCAGUAACACUUCGGGAAGAAAAAGGCGAACAGAAAGCAGCUGUGAUGGACAUAAUGAUUGCGGUGCAGGAUGCUGCUUGUGUCUCCGGUCAGUGGUUUACUGCGAUCAUUUUCAGCCUGUGCUGCUUCCUGCCGUCCUGUUUGCCAGCCGGACAAACUGUGGACUAUUCCUCGGUGGAGAAUGUAGUGAGCAGACAAGGCGACACGGCUCUGCUGAGGUGCUACCUGUUGGAUGGGAUCUCUAAAGGAGCCUGGCUGAACCGCUCAAGCAUCAUUUUUGCAGGGGAUGACAAGUGGUCCGUGGACCCACGCGUAUCCAUAGUGUCCAGUGUUGGAGACAAACAUGAGUACAGCCUUCAGAUACAGAAGGUGGACGUAACCGAUGACGGGCAAUACACGUGUUCGAUUCAGAGCGAACGCAACCCACGGCCGAAGCUCCUCAACCUCAUCGUAAAAGUUCCGCCUAAGAUAUAUGACAUUUCCUCUGACAUCACAGUAAAUGAGGGCAGCAACGUGUCGCUCAUCUGCACAGCCACUGGGAAACCUGAGCCUACCAUUUCUUGGAGACACAUAACCCCAUUAGCCAGGAAGUAUGACAGCGGCGAAUAUCUUAACAUCACCGGCAUCACAAGGGACCAGGCUGGAGAUUACGAAUGCAGCGCUCUAAAUGACAUUGCCUCUCCUGACACCAAAACAGUAAAAGUCACAGUCAACUUUCCACCGAGUAUUCACGAAAUGAAGAGUCAUGGCGUUGGUUUGGGACGCAUAGGACUGCUGCGGUGUGAAGCUGCUGCUGUGCCUUCUCCAACUUUUGAGUGGUACAAGGGUGAGAAAAGGAUCAUUAGGGGCCACGGUAUCGACAUCAAGAGUCUCAGCUCCAGAUCAGUCCUCACAGUGAACAACAUGACAGAGGAUCGUUAUGGAAACUACACGUGUGUCGCCAUCAACAAGCUGGGGACGGCUAAUGCCAGUGUGCCUCUUAUUC